AUGCAUUUGCAACUGUUGCUCUUAACGUUUUGUAUACAACAGCUUUCCUGUAUUCUAGUGAAUCCUACUACCAUUCCCGUGCCUCGACAUAUACCCAAUAGCCCCACAUUUCUACCGCUGAAUGAAAAUGAGCCACAGUCGUUGAUUCCGUUAUGGAAGCACAACAUCAAGAUGAAUCUAUACCUAUUUAUCAUUACGGAUCUACAGUUCAGCGACUACAACGUGACGCCAGACUGGAAGAUAGAUGUGCGAAACCAGUACUCGCAAGACAAGCAGAUUCAGCUCUUCAUACCUAGAAAUGUUGAAUCAACAAAACAACAUUAUUAUGCUCAUAUCUUUCUGGUCAAAGAUUCAUUUCCAAUUGAUCCAGCAAACAUCUCGUUUUCAAUGGACUCAAUUGUGUAUGUGUGUCACUGCAAGUAUCGUUCAUCUCCAUUUGUUUUGUCUACAGUGAAACUCAUUCCCCUUGUGUUGAUAGCACUCACGAAACUCUAUAAAAGUGUACCUUACUGGCAUCAGACAAUCACCAUCAGUCUAGUGUACGACGCGAAAGAUUACAUUAGCAGAAAUACACUUCAUCCCGUUACUUUGAAAUACUUUAUCAACAGCAGUAAACCCAUCUCCAGCAGCCACCGAAGCAUCAGCUUUUACAGGCCAAUCAUCUUUCCUAACGAUUUCUGGCAAACAAAGAAGGAUGUGUAUCCGAUCAAUGAUACCACACUGAGCGCAUUGCCGCUGACUGUACGUUUCGAGAGUAUCAAUGUAUGGAAGUUCAAUGUGUACGCAGUGUUAGCGAACAAGAACGAUCAACAAACAAACAGCCCUCAAUCGGGAUUGGAUGACAGUUUGUCAGUGCUGGAGCAAGGUUACAUGUUUAGUAUCACUUUAUUAACCUGCUUUAUGCAUGGCCUAUUCGAGUUGCUUGCUUUCAAGAACGAUAUUGGAUUUUACAGAGCAAAGACCAAUCGCAUUGGCAUAUCAGUGUAUAGCUUGAUGAUACACAUUGCGAUACAAGCAAUCUUACUCAUGUAUACGAUGGAUUUCUCGAAUAACGCAAUAAGGGGAUGCAUACAACUCACUCAUUUGUGUGUCAAUGUAUGGAAAUGGAACCAUGUUUGGUUGCAUGAAUUUGAAUGGGUGACAGAGCAGGGCUCGAAUUAUGGAUUUGCUGUCAGGGUGGAGCGCUCAGCAACAGGAGGAAAGCAUAAAUUAGUCGAGCAAGGAGAAACAAAAACGCAGCAAUUAGAUACCAUUGCAUUCAAGCUCCUGAUAGUGUUUGCGGUACCUCUGUUCGCAAUCUACAAUGCAUAUCACUACUACUAUCACUACAAUAUGCUGAUCUACCACCAGUUAAAGAACAUGUGUAUGGAAGACUGGACAAGGAAGGUUAUCACGAACGGCAUCGUUAACUUUCUGUCUAUUUUUGGGCCCAUCAUGGCAGUGUGGCCACAGAUCUACAUCAACUGCAAAAUGGACAUGGUGAAUCAUAUAUCUACCCAUACGAUGACUUACAAAAUAAUCAAUAUUGCAGUGGGUAAGUAG